GCGGAAGUGACGUCGUGAACAAGCCCUGGCUGCACUGCUGAAUCAAAACAAUGGCGGACAGUCGGCGCAGCGCUCCUCUCUCCUGGACAGACAAACCCGCUGCCAAGAUGAGCGACGUUGUGGAGAAGACCCUGACAGCUCUGCCCAGCCUCCUGUCUCUGGACUCUCAGCCAGGAUCUGCUAAACUCUCCUCCUCCUCCAAACUGGGAAACCUCAUCAGAGGAAUCACCGAGCUGACGUCCAAACACGAGGAGGAGAAACUUAUCCAGCGUGAAUUAGUGUCUAUCAAAGAACAGGUAUCCUCCCCCAACACCACCAUGAGGCAGAUGAAGGAGCUGAUGGUGAGAGCGAUCUACUGUGAAAGUCUGGGUUAUGAAGCUUCUUUCAGCUACAUUCAUGCCAUCAAACUGGCUCAACAAGGGACUGCUCUGGAGAAAAGAGUCGGUUACCUCGCUGUGUCCUUGUUUCUGAAUGAAAAUCAUGAGCUGCUGCUUCUUCUUGUGAACACUGUAUUAAAGGACCUCCAGAGCACAAACCUUAUUGAAGUGUGCAUGGCUCUAACUGUCGUCAGCCAAAUGUUUCCCAAAGAUAUGAUACCUGCAAUCCUUCCUCUGGUGGAGGAGAAACUCAAUCACCCAAAAGAAAUCAUUCGACGAAAAGCAGUGCUGGCACUUUACAAAUUCUACCUAAUAGCACCGAAUCAAGUUCAACACAUCCACAACAAGUUUCGCAAAGCUCUGUGCGACAAGGAUCCCGGUGUGAUGACAGCUUCACUGCACAUCUACUUACAGAUGAUCCAGGAGAAUCCAGAUGGUUACAAGGACUUGACAGCGAGUUUUGUCACCAUAUUAAAGCAGGUGGUGGGAGGAAAGCUGCCUAUAGAUUUUAACUAUCACAGCGUUCCUGCUCCGUGGCUUCAAAUCCAGCUUCUCAGAAUAUUGUCCUUACUUGGAAAAAAUGACCAGAGCACCAGUGAGAUCAUGUAUGAAAUCCUCGAUGAGUCUUUACAAAGAGCAGAGAUGAACCACAACAUUACCUAUGCAAUAUUAUUUGAGUGUGUAAAAUGUGUUUACACAAUUCAUCCCAAAUCUGACCUUUUGGAAAAAGCUGCAAAGUGCAUCGGCAACUUUGUUCUGUCACAGAAGAUAAAUCUGAAAUACCUUGGCUUGAAGGCUCUCACCUACGUGGUCCAACAGGACCCUAAACUGGCCCUGCAGCAUCAGAUGACCAUCAUAGAGUGUCUCGAUCACCCUGACCUCAUCAUCAAGCGUGAGACAGUGGAGUUGCUCUUUCGGAUCACUAACGCCCAGAACGUCAUGGUCAUUGUGGACAAGAUGCUGGAGUUUCUGCGCGUCAGUACAGAUGACUACACUGCUAUUGACCUGGUGGGGAAGGUGGCAGAACUGGCAGAAAAAUAUGCACCGGACAAUGAAUGGUUCAUCGAGACCAUGAACACAGUGUUCUCAGUGGGUGGAGACAUGAUGCAGCCUGACAUCCCAAACAGUUUCCUUAAGCUGCUGUCAGAGGGAUUUGACAGUGUGGAGGAGGACAGGAAGCUGAGGGUGUUUGCUGUGGAUUCGUAUGUCUCUCUGCUGCGAGGAGAACCUGGCAAGCUGCCACAGCGCUUCCUCCAAGUCAUCAGCUGGGUCCUCGGUGAAUACUCUCACUUGAUGGAGGAACUUGAACCAGCCACAGUCCUGCGACUUCUGGAGAGGCUGUUGGAUAUGAAGCAAACCAGCAGCGAAACCAAGAGCUGGGUCCUCAUGGCAAUGACCAAGCUCUGCGAGGGCGGAGCAAGUGUUGCUGUCGCUCAGCAGGUUUCUGAAACAUACAUCAGCUCAAUGGACACAGUGCUGAGACAGAGGGCUCAGGAGCUGCAGCACCUCAGCCAAGACUCUGAACUACGAGCCAGGGUGCUACCUCGGGACGCUGGCCUGGAGCCUCAAGAGGUGGAUUCCUCGCUUUCGUUUCUGGAUGGGUUCGUUUCGGAGGCGUUGGCUGCUGGCGCUGCUCCAUACAAGCCUCCCCAUCAACGGCAGGAGGAGCUAGCUCAGGCAAAAGCGUUGAGCCUGGAGCCGUACGGCCUGUCCCUGCCCAUCAGCAUGGCCUCCUGUAGCAUCGCUGACAGACAGUCUCCCACGCUGUUGUCCAUAAGCUCUGGUCUGUCGGGUGACAGUACCGAGCUCUCCCACAAAGGAGGCCCUACAACUCUGAAGUUGGACGGAGUGAAGCGUGUGUGGGGGAGGGACGGGUACCUGAGGGAAUCUGUGGAGGAGGUUGCCCAGGUGGAGGUACCCAGUCCCCUCCGGUCACCCAGCCAGCAGGCGGGGGCUGACAGCUCACACAGCCAGACUCCAACCCCUGAUCCCGAACAAGAUAAACAGCAGCUGGCUUCGUCCCUGUUUUUCGGCCUCAGCUCCCAAAGCCCCAUGUGUCUGAUGGGAAAACCUGAGCCGACAGCCAAUCGAUUCAGAAGAAAAAACAAAGUUCAGGGCUCCUCCUCGAGCGCCACUGAGCAAACACCCAGCUCCCUCUCCUCUUCUCCCAGCACCGUGGACAACCUGCUGUGUGACGACCUACUGGACUCUAACAUCACCUCAGAGCCGAGUGUUUCCUCGUCCACAAUCACAUCAGAACUCUCCCAGGGCCUCACUGCGACUGCUAAUGGCACCUGUGAUGUCGAGGCUAAGUUAACCGACAGUGACAUAAAGGAAAGUAACCCCUCCCUCAGUGAGGAUGAAGGUUUAGUAGCUGCUGAUCCUGCUCCACAUGAAGACCCAGACAGACCUGAAGACUCCUGUCUCAGUUCUCAUCUGCCUGCAGAGCUCUGUGAACUCGGCCACUCAGAAAUCACUCCUCUGUGCACAAACCAAAGUCUGGAGCUCUCAGCCUGUCAUGUGCAGAAGGAGGAUUCCUUAGUGUUUGUCAUUUUCAUUUCCAACUCCUCUGCCAUUCAACAGAUACUACUGGAUCUUCACUCAGAACAACUAGAGGUAUCCUGUGUGUCUGACCGUCCAGAGGUGGAUGUGAGUAGCCACAGUGUAACAGUGUACCAGUAUUCCCUGACUGUGAAGAGGCCUUCGGUUCAUGUUGAAGUAGUCGGGAUGGUUUCUUACCAGUUGUGUGAUGGGACGCCUCAGACACUGCAGUUCUCAUACAAACUCCCUCUGACCUCCUUCAUCAGACCCUUGACGGUGUCCACAGAGGAGUAUGGCACAAUGUGGCUCGACUUCUGUCACGACACAAAGCAGAAUCUGACCCUGAUCAGUGACGGUGAAGAGCCUCUCACAGCCACUCUGAAUGUACUGAAGAGGAAACUUCAGCUUGGUGUCGUGGAAGUCAUAGGGAUGGAAGGUAUUCUAGCUUGUCAGCUCCUCCAGGAUCAGCCGUGUCUGAUGCACUGCCGUGUCCACGCCGGUGUGUUGGCGGUGUGGUUGCGCUCUCCGGUGCCUGACCUGCCCGACUGCCUGAUCUACCACUGUCAGAGAGCUCUGCAGGUGGACUGAGCCCCAACUGCACCAAUCCAUUGACACCACUGAGCAACCAGAACCUCAACCACUUGAAAAGGGAGGAACACAGACGUACACGGUGCAGAACAGAGAAUGAGACAUCUGAUGUUGUCAUCUUUACAUCACAGUGUUAACCAUUUAUUUAUCUCCUCCACUAUGAGUUACUUUGGAAGAUUUGGUAUUGAUUGUCCUUGGAUUUUUGAAUUUUAUUGGUAGAAGAGGAUCUCAACUGUUGGAAAGUCAUGACUGGGAAUAACUUCAGGGCUAAAAGAGUUUGUGUAACCCUGUGUGUUUCGGAAUAAUACUUAAGUCAUAAAACCCUGUUCAGAUCUGGUGUUCACAUCCGCCCUGAGUGAUCUGGUCACCAGGGGUCAGCUCUAAGUUCAGGACUGAACUCAUCCAAUUGUGUCCUGAAUGUGUCCUGAGCUCCGAUCACUAAGACCACAUUAGGAGCUGGUCUGGGACACGUGGCCAAAUUCUUUUCACUGUGUGAACGCAAAUGUGUCCUGGGCCACAUCAAACGACUGCUUACUCAGCUGACGUCUCUGACCCGCUGCAGUUUUAUAAUGUCAUAUCUAUUUUUACGCUUCUCAGUGACUAUACGUUGAUUUGUUUGUGGCCACCGCCUCAAUAUCAACACUGAUCACUGCAUAAUGAUUGAUACUUUUCUUAAAUUGGUCAAAUCUCUCCUCAAGACAGCCACAGAAGAAUUAUUCAGCUCCUCCUCACUCUUCUCGUUCUCUCUCUCUCUCGCUCUCUCCUGCUCGCUCAUGCCGACACAUUCACACAAACAUCGUCAUUGGACACGUCUGUAAACUCAGACUGGGUAAAAACAACAUAAUUUGGUCUCUGUGAACAGAAAUGACAGUUGUACUUAUUUGGGUAUUUAGCCGGGAAGUGAGAUCCAAUCACAAGUGGUCACCGGAGACAUAUUCUGGACACGUUUUAAUUCCAGGAGUGAGCCGGUGAACUUAACGCUGUCCACUUGUGAUCGGAUCUCUAAAAGAUGGAUGUGAAUACCAGGUCUGAACUGGGUCAUAUAGGAUGAUGACAGGGCUCCAAAUUGACUUGAAACCUUUAAUGGUCAAAACAUUGUGAAAUGAAUAUUAAGUUUGAAAUUUCUGUCGUGUCUUAAGGGAAAACUCAUGAACUAAUAUCUGUGCCUUGGGUCCAUAUGCUACAUAGUGAGAGAGGCAGCAUGACAGCGACGCUCAUUUGGAUUUAAAGAAGACAAAGACUUAAAGGAUGAAUUUGUCAUUUAGUACUGUAACUGAAAACAUUUCACUGCUGUCAUUAACUUAACACAUUUUCUACUUUCUCGUCAACACAUAUUCAAGCAAUACAGAUUCAAAUGAAAGAAUAAAAAUCCUAAAGUUGUAUUUACUGAUGUUAUGUAUCAGGUGUUUUGGAAGAAACACAGUGGAAAUAUUUAAAUAUCUUGUAAGGACUUAGACAAAGGAUUUUACGACUCUUUCAAAUAUUAUGCCAGCAAACUAAUAUUUACAGUUUGUUGUCAAGAAAAACAUGUUCCAGUACCUGAAGUUUCCUCAAAGCAAAUAGAUGUUUACAUUGUUGUUUGUCUGAAAGACGACGUUAUGUCUCCUCUAACCUCCAACUGCAGCAGUUACAUUUGAUUCUUACAUCUGUAAUGCGUAUUUUGUCUUAAAAGUAGCAGUGAGGAUCAUCAUCUUCUCCAUUUAUCAUUGUGGUGAUGUUUUGUAGAUGCUCCCUUCUUAUAGGAUCGUAUUUCUGGUUUGUCAGUUUCGGUGAGAGGUGGAAUUUAGUGUUUUUUUUAUUAUUAUAUUUUUCUAUCAAAGCAGUAUUGAGAACAUAUUUAUUGGAUUUAUAUUCUUACAGAAAAUAUUUUAUAUUGAUUUCACACAAACAAAACAAAAAAACUUGUGCUUCAUGUACUGUUUUGAUUGCGCUGUGCCGGAUUUGGUUUCCAGUUUGAAAACUGUUUUUAUUUAAUUUAAUCUGAAGGGAGAGUUGACCUUUUUCCUUUUUUUUUUGCCUGUGUCCUGAUCUGAAACAAAACGAGACGUGUAAAUCUCAACUUUAACCCAACGCCUUAUGUUCUAAUGCCGUGAUGGUGUGUUUGAUUUGUGCCUGUGGUACAGAAAGAGGAAAUCCUUUUUUCUUAGUGCCUGUCACUAUGUUCUACUAACUUCUGAAUAAAUUCAACACAUGUAAAUGUC